AAAACAUUUCUGUUAUCAUUAUAACUGAGUGAGGUCAUUACAAUUUAUUUUAAAGAUGUUUAUUGUGGGUCUAACUGGAGGGCUUGCAACAGGGAAAAGUACAGUACUGUCAAUAUUUCGUGAAAAUGGUAUAGCAGUAAUAGAUGCCGAUGACAUUGCCAGAAAAGUUCUGGAACCAGGAACGAAAGCUUGGAAGGAAUUAAAGGAAUAUUUUGGCGAGGAAGUGUUACUAGCUGAUGGAAAAGUGGACAGAGUAAAAUUAGGAGAGCUUGUAUUUGAUGACAUUGAAAAGAGACGUAAACUAAAUGCCAUCACACACCCAAGGAUCCAAAGUGAAAUGAUGAAAAUGGCAGUAUCAUACUUCUUCUCAGGACACAAUUACAUUGUAAUGGAAGUUCCAUUGCUGUUUGAAACUGGAAAAAUGUUAACUUUCAUGCACAAAAUCAUUACUGUUGUAUGUGAAGACCAUCAGCAAGUAAAGCGGUUGUGCAAACGAAAUGACUUCUCUUUAGUUGUAGCCAAGAAACGAAUAGACUGCCAAAUGCCAUUGGAACACAAAGUGGCUAAUUCACAUUUUGUCGUUGACAAUUCUGGUGAAAUUUCUAACACAAAACACCAAACGGAAUGCAUCAUAAGAACAUUAAGAAGAUCAAAGUUUACUUGGUACUUUAGAUCAAUAAUAUUAAUAACAUUAAUUUCAUUGAUUUUUGGAGUCACACAUCUCAUGGGUGUUAUCAGUAACUCUAACUAGCAAUAGUUUGUUGACACAGGAAACAGUAAGUAUAAUAUUUUGUUUCUGUUGCAAUUAUGACACUACAUUUUU